UGGUUCUUGUCAACUACCUGUCAAAAACCAAAAACAGCAACACAUUUUGUACGGAUAAGGAAAGCAAAACAGAAAUUUUGUUUUCAGCUGACGUAUUUCAAUGCAAAUUGGGAAUUAUUUAAAAUCAGAGAACCAUAAUAAAAAUGUCGACUACUCACUGUGCCGUCGAAAACUGUCGUACAACAAUACUAAACAAAACUCCGGGUGUUUCAUUUCAUUCAUGUCCAACAAGUACUGAAAUGAGAAAACAAUGGCUGAGACUGUUAAAGAAUAAGUGUUCUGUUCUUGACUGGUAUAAAAGCCAAAUCUGUUCAAAACAUUUUGAACCCAAACAUUUUGAUAAUCAAGGAAGACUGAAGGAUAAUGCCAUUCCUACUCUUUUUUCUGCAGCCAGUACAUCAACACAGGCUAAUAAAAGUAAAUACACCAAGACCUACCCAGCAAAACCAUUGCAAAGCAAAGCUGGAAGGGCACAAGCACAGGAUGCAGCUCGGCCAGGGUUCCAGGCGCGUGCCUUAUGGAAUAACUCAAUAGACUCAUCUCCACGCCAUAUAACUGACAUACCCAGAUCGAAAGUGGACAGAUUAUUGAAAAAACGGACACAGGCCGAACUUACAAAUGACAUUAAGAAUACAAUGAACAAGUUAAAUGAGCCAUCUGAUUUAGAUAGUUAUGUAACUGAUGACCUAAGGUGCCGUAUUGAUGCACCAAAAGAGGCCCAACUAUGGCUCAUGAUCAAAAAACAAGAUCACUUGAAUAGCAGGCUUAUGGAACUAGUUGUUCAAACUAAAAAGCAUGUAGAAAUACUUCAGAAUAAUGCAGAACAAGGAAGGAAUGCUAAAAGGGAGAAUGAACAGACAAUUGAGUCUUUGAAAUAUGUAGUUAAGUGCCUUCAAGAGAAACAUGCUACCCUUGAAGAACAAAUUGAAAUUCUGACAGCUGUCGAAUCUAGAUAGGUUGAUAUAAUCACUACUCCUGUUAUAGUAUCCUGGACUGUACCCUAAUGAUUAUGAUAUUCAUUUGGAGGGCUGACCACCUCUCCUAAAGUAAUAUUAUUAUGUGUGUGAAAGGUUGACAGUGUACUAUGCAUUGUAGAGUGCUCUCAUAUAUUACUAGUAAUAUUACUUCCAAAAUGUGAAUAAGCCCCCAGGACCGAUGCUACCCCUUGACUGAAGUUUGAAACAAGAUUGCAAUUUUUUUAAAAGGGCAAAAGACACUCAUAAAGUAUUCCAGUACAGUAUACUAUUACAAAAGUCAGUGAUAAGAAUAGUUUUAUGUUUAAUAAGUGCACAUAAUCAUUUGAUUUUAUUUUUUGGGAAGAUGUGAUGAGUUUACAUGUUUCAUUUGAUUUGUGCAUUGAAUAGGAUUAAAACCUACUCAAGAAUGAUUGAGGUCUGAACUAUGUUUGCAGUUGUUUUGAUACAAAUAAAAGAGGUAAUUAAAAA